CCACACUCAGUCCAUAAUCUCCCCUGUUGCUUCCUUUCCUCAGCCUUCACCUAUUUAGCACUCUAUACAGAUAUGGUUCUCCUCUGGGACAGAUUUUUCGAAACGGACAACUAGUUUAGAUAGAAGGGUUUUAUCAAUGGAUCCAAACAUUGGCCGGGGGUUCAGGCCGGGGGAAUAACUACUACAGAUUCUCUUAGUGUGGCAGUGCUGGUGGUGUGCGACAGUGGCAAGAUUUGAGCCUGCUUACACUGCACCAUGGGAAAUGAGAACAGCUCUGCAGUUUCACUGGAGGGCGCAACAGACAAUGUGGUACUAUUUCCUCCUCAGGAAACAGCGCCUGUCUCAGCACACAAGGCUGAAGUUCACAGUGAGAAAGUCAGUCCAGAGGCUGAGAAAUCCACCAGCGCAGAGAAUGGAGUAGUUCAUACCGAAGUGCUCCAUCCACUCCACAGUCUCAAUCCUGUUGCAGACGCAGACACACGUAGUAACGAGGACUGGAGCACAAAAGAAGAGGAACUUGAGUUUCCCCAUGACUUGCUACCCAGCAUAGAUCUGAGCACUGAGCUUAAUCUCACCUGGGGAGUGUCAAUCAGAGAAGAUGGAGAGGCGGUUUCCACAGAGAGCUCAUCUCUUCUGCAGCUCCAGUCAGCUGGAAUUAUUCAGGAAAAUGCACCAUCACUCCAGUCUUCAGAAACACUGUUAGACCGUGAGCUCCAAGAAGCCUUUCAGGAAUGUGAGGAACAAAUAGCUUCGUUUGGCUUGUGCUCAAACUCAAUCACUUUAUGCAGUACAGAUCAGACUGACAGUUGUCUGUCAGAGGCCAAGUUUGCAACUGAUGAUGAAGAACACAAGUGUGUUAAUGUCAAGGAGGAUCCUAUGUCACUGCCAAUUUCACUUGCAGAAUCUCAAACAGGACAUGACCUGGGUUGCCAUGGAAUUGUUGGAGCACACACUACUGAUUUAGCAUCCUGUACAGAGGAGGCUGUGUUUUGCUUCAGAGAUUAUGUAUUAGGUAAAACACAGCUUGAGGAGGCCAUGGCUGAAUAUCCUGAAGAACACAGUGAGAAAUUACUGUGUGAACCAAAGGAAUUUCAGAAAGUGCCUAAAAUGGAAAAAAGCACUGACAAAACAAAAUCUGCAGAGAGAAAAGAACACUUGAUAAAGCAUGACUCAGCAACAGAGGCACUUACAGAAACUGAAGUAAAUAAAAUAUCUGAAAUACAGAAUGUACUAGAAGUUGUCAGCUUAGUAUCUUAUAAAGACUCUCUAAAUGAGCAGGGUAAAAUUAUAACGGGUCCUGUGGAAAAGCCACAGAUGACACCCGAAAAAGGCACACAAAUUAUUACUACUGUCAUGGAUAAUAAAACAGUAAAAGGAUUUUCACCAGAAAAUAACACUAAUUAUUGUUCAGUGUCAGAGACCUCUGAUCGGGAUGGAAUUCAACUAAACACACAAACAUUGCUGGAGCAGAUGCAGAUUAUUACUCAAACAAAGGUUCCAUCAGAAACAAACCCUGAGCUUAUGACAAAAGCAGAUAAUCAAAUUGAGUUGUUAGACACCCAUGGACAGCUGGGGCAUCUCUGUGCCUCACCUCUAGAGUCUUUAUCUAAUCAGGCUCGUCUUACCCCACUGGAGGCUACACCUGCCCCUAAGCUGGACCAUCUGCAAGUAACUGAACAACAGAGUGACUGUAUUGGGGCAGAUGGACUCUGUAAGUCAAUAUCAGAAUAUGCAACCUUAAACCUCAACUCAACAGGAGACAUUGAACAUGAGAAAUGUGAAUUUAAGUUAUCUACUGAUAGCACUGUGAUUGAUUUUAGAGAUGUUAAAUCCAGUGAACAUGAGCAUGAAAAAAGAUGCAGUUCAGAGGCAUGCCCACUGAAGGAGGAGGAGGAGGAGGAGGAGGAGGAGGAGAAUGUGUUUUUUAUUGGCAGUGAAGCUGGCACACACACAGUGGUGCGGGAUAAAACACUCUCUCUGAGCAGAACUCAUACUAAAAGGAUAAAGACGGAGGAGGAGAGCGCCCUUGAGAAGACUUCAGCAUCAGCCGUUGAUUUCACACCACCACUGACGACAUCCACAAUGCCAGAAAUGAUAGAAGUGGGAGAGAAGGGUACUGGAGAUUCAGAAGGAGUGAAGACAACAGAGAAAGGACAUUUAGAUCACACCACAGAAUUACAAUAUUCUGAUGGAAAACUGAGUGAAAUUAUUGCAGCAGAAGUGCAUUUAUGUUCGCUAAGCUUUCCAGAGAUUAAUAACUCACCUGCAAAGGAGGUCGAAGCAGCAUCUGAGGAGAGAUGGAGUGGCUGCAAAAUGCUACAAAACUCUGAUGAGAAUGAAAAGAAGGGAGGAAGUCUGCCAGCGGAUUGCUCCCCGGGGAUGGACUCACUCUCUGCAGCUAGUGAGAAAGAGACAGGCACAGCCAGUGUCGAGGACAUGACUGUGGCUGCUGCCUUUCCAGAGUUUAACGACAGACGUGAUUGGAAGAGAAAGAGCUAUGAGUCACUGGAGAAAAAGGGAGAGGGAGGAACAGAGGAGGGGAAAGGGAAAGAAAGGGGUGGAUCAGAGACGUUAUAUGGACAGGAGGCUCUGUCCAUGACAGUGCUUAAAUCUUAUCCUCUCCAUGACAACGGAGUGACACUGGUGGCACCACAACAAAAGGAUGAACUCAUUACUUUGGUCACAGAAGACAUAGCUGACACAGCCUUACCUUUGUUGACCAGCAGCUUGAGAAACCCCUCCUCUUCUAUCGUUCCCUUAAACGCCACAGAAGCAGAGAGAAAGGAAGCAUCAGAGAAAGCGGCUCAUCUGAAAGAGAGUUUUAAUGCAGUUGAUGAAAAACAGCCAAACAGUAAUAUUUUAAAUCUGCUAUCAGCUGCUUCAGCAGAUGGUAAAGAUCCUGCCGCGCAGACCAGCUAUCAACAGGUACAGAAUACUUCAUGGAUUCCAACUGAAAUUAACAGCACGCAACAAAACAAGGUGGGGAAAGGAAAAGACAGAUGCAAAAAGAGUGAAGGUCAGCAUCCAUUAUCUUCUGCUCAGCUGGACAUGAAGAGCAGCACUGAAAGUUUUAACAACAUGGAUGAGGGAACUGGAGACCCUCAAGAUGACCCAGCACACCAGGCGACUGAGUUUGCCUCUCUGCCUCCACUAACUGUUCAUGAGAAUCUGAGACACCCAGUAAGUGAGACAAGCUUUAGCUUUCAGAGGUUAUUUAGCAACAUAAAACCAGACCCACCCCAAAAAGCAGCUUAUACUAUUUGUGAAAGCACCAGUGAGGCUGAGGUGACAGAAGAAAACGUGAAUUUCAAUGAAAAUCCCGAAAGGCAUAUUGAAGGUAAAAAGGAAAAUGUUUCAAAGGAAAUCCUUUUCUGUCAAAAUCCUGAUCUGCUUCCAAAAAACAAAGAAGUAAAGGAUGGAAUUGUAGUCGACCAGAGCACCCUAGAGCUUAAACCUCUGUUAGAGGAUACUAAUGAAACAAACCUUGAACUGCAGGAUAUUGCUAUGGAAGAUGGCGGGAGUGAUAAUACGAAUCUCUUCAGUCUUUCUGACCUCAUUGUGCCUGAUGUAGAGAAAAAAACUGAGGUUGUGCUAUCCACCAAAGAAGCCGAUGGAAGGGAGGCUAAAUCAGUGGAAAAUGAUGUGAGAGAAAGUUUUGAAGACAAUUUCCAAAGCAUUCUGAGUGACAUUGUACAGCAGGAGUCCAAGUUAGAGUCGCUAACAUCAGAAGGUUCUCUAGAACAGUGUUUAAAAUCUGAAGAAGCACCAUUUUCCUUCACAGAUAGAGAUGGCAUGCUGUCUAGACACUUUACUGAUAGCAAAGGCAUAUCCAAGAAGGACCUAAAGGCAAAUACUGAGCAAGACAGUGCAACUUCUCUUGGGUGUCCUCAAGCAAAAUGUGAAGAGCUCCAAAAUCAGAUGGACUCCAGUCAUGACACUGGACCAGCUUCAGAAGUUGCCGUGUGUGUAGUGAGUACAAAAGCUCCCACACCUACUGCUGUAAAAAAUUUUAGUACAGUGGAAGGAGGCGUACCCUCUGCCAGUGCCAAUAUUCAAAGUGAUACUAAAGUGCCUAUUGUGCUCAGGCCUCCUGGCCCUAUGAUGAGUCACUGGGAGGUCAUUAAUGACUAUAAUGUUUCUCUCCCAGGAGAGGAAAUUCAAUACAGCCAGGAAGCAGAGAUGAGCAGUAACAUUGUAGAAACUGAUACAGUAGAAAAAACAGAACCUGGGAAAACUACAGGAGAAAAAAUAGAAAGUAAUACAAGCCUUUCCUGUAUGAAUGUGUUAUACCAUGACAUAACUGCUAUGGCAUCUUCUGUGCAGGAUACCAAAUUAGCAUCUAGAGAAGUAGAAGGUACUCAUUUGAUUUCAGACAGCCCACAUGGUGGUGAAAAUACAAACAAGGGGAUAGAUUAUGUGGUAUUUGAGAACACUAAAGAUGGAAAAGGUGAAGUGGAUUUUAAGCCCUGGGUGCCAGAGAAAUUGUUAAAUAUGGGUCACAACGAGGAUCCCCUGUCCUGUUCAAUACAAUCUACUGCUAAAUGCACCAGAAAAGAUGACAUGCUGUCAAACCAGACUAUAGACAAUGAAGAGAUAACUCAACAGGAGCAGAUAUCAAAUUCUGUAAUACUGGAAAAAUGUUCUCAAGAAAAACCUGAAAAGAACGUGAGUGAGCUGCAAUAUCAAAUAGAUUUAGUUCAUGAGAGCGGAGCAAACUUAAAAGCUGCCUUGAGUGUUGUGUCUUCAAAAGAACUCACACCUCCUGAAAGAGAUGCAUUUGGCAUGGGGGAAGGGGAACUUUCAUCUUCGAACAUUCAAAGUGAUUCUAAAGUACCUAUUGUCCACCGGCCUCCUGGCCUUAUGAUGAGUCACAGGGAGGACAUUAAUGAAGAUAAUGUUUCUGUCUCAGAAGAGGAAACACAAUGCAACUAUAAUAAAAUUUGCCCUCAGAACAGUGGAAAUGUUGGUGCAGCAGAUAUGAUAAAUAAGAUUGUGAAAACUGAUACUGUAGAAAAACCUGAAGGAGACAAAAUAAGAUCUGAGGAGACAAAAAAAGAAAAAAAUGAAAAAGACAACAGCUCUUUUUGUAUGAAUGUGUUAAUACCGGAUAUACAAACUGACACUGUUUCAUCUGAACAGGAUAUCAAGCUUGCUUGUAAAGAAGUUGAAGGUACCAAUUUGGCACCAGAUAGCUUUCGUAGGCCUGAAAAUGCAAAUAAGUUCAAGUCUACUAACAGUAAUGACAUAUUCCAAUGGAAAGAGAAAUCAAAUUCCAUAAUCUUGGAGGAAUGUUUUCAAGCAAAGCCUGAAGAAAACACGAGUAUGAUGCAAUGUCAAAUAGAUAUAGAUCAUGAUAGUGCAGCAGUUUUAGAAGUUGACAUGAGUAUUACACAUGCAAAAGACCUCACAAAUCCUGAUUCAGCGUUAUCUGCUAUGGGGGAAGGGGAAGUUUCAUUUUCCACUAUUCAAAGUGAUCCUUUAGAAACACCUAAGGAGCAUUCUGAAACUGUGGACACUAUGAGAGAAAAAAAUGAGACUGAUAAAAGUUCUCACUCUGUCAUGGCAUCUUCUGUACAGGACACCAGGUUAGUAUCUGGAGUUGAAGUGGAAGAUACAAAUCUGAAAACUGUCACCCUACAUAGUGUUGAAAAAGAUAUUGAGGGGAUUGAUUUUGUGGAACAGAAGGACUCCGGAGAACUAAAAACUGAAGUGGAUGUUCUAACAAGUGAAUCUGGCAGACAACUAAGGACUCAUCACAAAACGAAUCAAAUAACUCACACAAAGGAUAUAAGAGAGUCUAGUACUAUAAGACAAGGCACUGAGCAAAAUACACCCAGUAACAAUAUACAACGCUGUGAUGACAACAAAUUUGAUGACAAAUGCAAUGUUAUUUCUAAGACAAAUGUGUCAACAACAGAUAAAGUUUACAGUUCAUUUGGAUGUGUCAGCUCUGCAUUAGAAAAUAGAAUAGCUGAUAUUGAGUCCUCACCAUCUGGUCAUGAAGAUCUGGAGAUAGACACCUCUAAAGCUGAGGAAAAUUAUGCCAUUGAACUUUCCACUGUGAUACCACAACACUCAGACCUCAAAGCAGCUGCCUCUGAAACCAACCGUGUCCAAGAUCAGGUGCUGAUAGAGGAUACAGGUAGCCUUAUUAAAGAUGAUACAGUUAGAACAAAUAAACAAAAUCAAGAACACACUAAUGAAGAAAAUCAGGUGAUUAACCUGGAGCAACUUGAAAAACCAGAGUCUGCCAAUGAUGCUAGUCUAUUCAAAGAACAAACCACCAGAGAUAAAUUUGGAGAAAUAAUGUGUGAGCAAUUGAUCGAUAGCCAGGUUACACUGGAGAAUCGACUGUCUGGAAACCUUAAAGAAGAGAUAAACAGGCUUGAGAAAACAAACACUGAACUACAAGAGAGUGACCAAUAUUUGGAGAAAGAAGUAGGAAAAGUACAAACUAAUGUUCAACAGAAAUUGAUUGAGGCAACAGAAGAAAAAAAGAACAAGAAUGAAGAAAAACACUUAGAUGAAAAAGUACCAGAAACAUCGUUAAAGGCAUGUCUUUCUGGCUCUGGCUUAAUCCACACAGGUUUUGUAAAGGAAGUGCAGAGCUGUGAUAGGGAUUUGAUUGUAGCCACUCAGCCAUCCAUGGAUCAGGACCUGGAGCAGGUGACAUGCUAUGAGAGAGACCAGAUGCAAAAUCAAACAGUAUUUAGUGAAAUGGAUUUGGCCCAACCUACAGAGCAACAAAAACCACAGGAAUGCAUUGAAGCUGCAGAAACAGUGGAAAAUAGAGUUUUAGAGAAGUAUGAUGAUGUUUCUCUAAAAGAAACCAAGGUUAGCUGUCCUAGUCAUGAAGUACAGGCCAAUGAGACUUUGGAAAGGAAAGUUGAACCUGAAAUCUCCUUCAGUAGUAUUGUUAAUAUGGAAAAUGUCACAUUGCAGAUGAAUCAUGACAGUGUCAUUACUGAGGGUGAUGGGUGUCCUGAUGGUAAGCAAAAUCAAAGUGAACCCAAUAUAAAAUCAACAGACUUUGGAAAUGUCUCUUCUAUAAUUAAAGACCUGAAUGAAGAGACAUAUGCAGAAGACAGAAAUGAAGCAAACCAGAUUAAGUUGGAAAAUAAAGAAAAUAAAUUCAUGAACAUUUCAGGAGAAGGUCUUGAAAAAUCAGAGAUCAACACUGAGCUGAAAGAAUUAACAGAGACUUUUAUUCAAGCAUCACAAGUAAGUGAGGACAAACCUCACUCGGGCCAUACAAGUAAAUCACAUGUCAGUGUGGGUGAACCUGGACAUCUGGAAAAAAGAAUACCAGAACUCUGUAAAACUGUCGAAAUUGCCAACGGUUUAUUUGAGCCAUGUGGGAAUUCUAACACCUCACACUGUGCAAACAAAACAGAGGUUCAGUGUUCCAGUGCCAUUACCUUUGAUAAGAACAAGUGUACUGAGGUGUUCCCUAGUGUUCAGUCUGAGCCUAGACUGCCAUCUGUUUACCAAACUCCUGUUGAGAAACUGGAGAGUGAAAGCACUGGAAAUGUCUCUCAAGAUAUGGACAAUGAAGAGCUGGCAAAUCAAGAUCAAAUUCACCAAAUAAAACUCUCUUCUAUGCCUCUUCAGGGUGAGACCUUGCCAUUGGAGAUGGAGCAACAUAAUAAGGUCUCUCUGGAUCCCAAACAUCCACGAAACAACGAGUGUUGGGAAACAUUCGAUCCUGAAGCACAGCAUACUGAAUUCCAUGGCCUUACAACAAGUGCAGGAACUGAAGAGGAGCCCAAAAAUAAGAAUACACAAACAGCUAUUUCAGGAGAGGUCAAGCAGAUGGGGCACAGGAAGGAAGAGAUAAGUGGAUGCAAAGAUGAUGGAAUAGAAAAUGAGACAGCAGAGGGCAGAAAACUCACAAAUAAGCCUGGAAAGACUGAGAGUAGGGCUGUAGAGUGUGAGCUUAAAGACAUAAAGGAAGGAAAUGAGAGAAAAUUGUCUAAACACAAGAGGGAUAACUCACUUUCCUUCACAGUCCAAACAGUCAGUGGUGGCAUUUCUGUGUUACAAUCAAGUGUCAGUGAUGGAUUGCAGACUGAACAGGAAAAACAAUUAUCAUCAAGCCCCAAUCUCACUGCUGUUGUCACAGUGUCAAGCUCACAGCACCCUUUCCAGACAUUACUCAAUGCUAAUGCAGACUCUAGUCAUGGGGUUGCCAAUUCCUUUAUUCAGACUAUGUGUGAAAAUGCUUCAGAAGGAUUGAAAACAGAACAUGGCUCAAAAGAUGCAGAAGGGGAAUUCACCAAAGAAGUUCAGAAGGAAAAGUGCGAUGGCAAUGAACACACUGAAAAAUUAUCAACAGAUGAAGACAGACCUUUUGAGCCCCUUGACAUACCUCAGGCUGAACUAGAGUCAGAUUCCCCUGUUAAAGACAGUGAGCACCCAGACCAUCAAGACAAGGAGCAGCCAGAGGAACCUACAGAUAGCAGGCCACUGGUUUCAGAAUCAGCUGAUGGGAGUGAGUCUGUCUUUUCCUUCCCCCCACCGCCCGAGGAGGACGCUUUGCCGCCUGCUCUCCCUGCUCACCUUUUCUGUGACAGUUCUGAAUUCCCCACACCGCCACCCACACCCCCGGACAGCACUCUUCUAGAACCUGAACCUGAGUGUGCACCUCCUGUUUCUCCCCCUGACCCGGAUCAGGUCCCAGACACUGCAGAAGUCCUCCUUCAGUACGAUCCACAGCCAGACCCUCCAGCCAGGAGCUCAGACUCUGAUGGCACGUUUGAGACCCCUGAAUCCACCACUCCAGUGAAGACCGCAGCCCCUCCAGUUUCCUCAGUUGAGCAGCCGGAGCCAAUCACACAGUCUCUACAGACCACUACAGACGCAGACUCCUGUUCUUUGCCUGCCUCUACUGGAGAUGCUUCUGCUAGUGAGGUGCAAGAUUCUCCUUCCUUCCAUCCCCCCAGUCGCUCCCUCUCCAUUGUUUUUGACGAAGACAAGCCAAUAGCAAGCAGUGGUGCCUACAACCUCGAUCACCUACUUAACACAGAACCCUUCUCAGAACCAGCAUUUGAUUCAGGCUUAUCAGGGCUAGAGAGCCGUACACCCCUAACCCGCUCACUCAGCUUUCAGUCUGGGGAUCUAGACAACACUAGCCCAGGAGAUAGGCCUGCAGGGGGAGCAUUUAACAAAGCCACUCAUCCUCGUUCAGAAUCUUUCAGUGUAGGUACAGAGAGCGCUCCUGGGACUCUACGACGAGUCAAAAAACCCCGACCGGGAUCUUUGAAAAAAAAGCCUCUUUCCAGGCAGAAUUCAAACCCUGAGAGUGCCAUUUCCAGAACUGUCUCAUCCAGCAGUACCCCAGAGGUGAAGAAGAAAGGAAAACCUCUUGCAGAAAGUCCUCUACAAACACAAGAGGAGAAAGCGUGUCCCCCAGCCUCUCCCAGCCCCAGCCCAAGCCCUGCUGACACCCUCAGACGGACCAAAAUCAAAUCUCGAGUAGAGAGUCCUCCACCUGUAGUGGAGGAAAGCAGCCCUGCUCAAGCACAAGUGACUGCAAAAGCCCAAGAAGAGAUUUUAUCAGUUCCUGAGGAGGUCUCCCCCAUUCCUGACAGUGCCACUUACAAAUGGGACCCAGAUAACUUUGAAAACAUUAACCCAUUUUGCACAGGUGGCAGUAAGCUUGCCAACUCUCCUGUCUUGGGUAAGAAAGCUGACUUUAUCCCUGCUCCUGACCCCACCCCUGUUCCUACAGAGGAACCCCCAACUGCUCCUGCACCUCCUUCAGAGGAAGCCUUCAGCACCGAGGAACAGCCAAUCACAAAGCGGCAGUCUGUCAGACUGGAGUUUGAUUACUCAGAGGAGAGUGGAGACACACCACAAGACAGUCCUCUGCCUCCCAAAAAAUUUGGCAAGAAGCAAGGGGCCAAGAUGCCUCUUAGAAAACCAAAGCUGGGCAUUAAAAAAGCGCCCCCACAAACUGAGCAGUUAAACAGUACGCCUGCUGCAGUUCAUUCAAAUGACAAUGAUGACAUUCCCAUUCCCAAAGUAUCUUACAACUUUGAUCCUAACAAAUGGGAUGAUCAUAAUUUUGACCCUUUCUCUUCAGGAAAAGGCAUCCCUAAUUCCCCUCCCAAGUCCAGGGCAAGCUUCAAAUUUGAUUCAGACUCAUUUGAUGACUCCAUUGACCCCUUCAAGCCAUCAACAAAGAUGGGAAAUUCACCUCCAAAGGCAGCAACUUUAGAAAUGUCCAGCAAUGACAAUGAAAAUGAAAAUGACAAUGUUGAUGAGCUGGGGGAUCAAAACCAGAACAAGCCAGUCAAGAACAAGAAAAAGCCCCUCAAAUCUAACACAUUUAGAGUGAAGAAAUCACCUAAGAGGUCACCUCUGACUGAACAGGUUACACAGGAGGACUCCUCUGGUGAUGCCAUGCCCGAUCACCUUCAGGACCAUGCUACAGAUGAAGAGAAACUAGCCUCCUCUACCAAUCAGAAAUGGGCAGUUCGGCAUGACCUGCAAGCGGAGUUGUCUUCUGACAUCCAGGACUUUCCUCAGCCCUCUGACCUCACUGCCUUUGUCAAUGAGAGCAGCUUACCUGCACAGAACCAUGACUAUGAGAUUGAAUACAUGGAGAAGAUUGGAACAUCCACACCACCUUUGUCAGUGAAAAAGCCAUCCCUGUACCUAAAUCUGGAUUCAGUGACAGACAGUGCAAACCAGGGAUCCAGUAUGCACCACUCAGGGCCCAACUCCCCCUGUACUGGGAGUUUUGAGGAAAUGGAGGCUAAGCUCUCAAUGGAGGGAAAAUCACCUGUGCUGUCAUCUUGUGGAGCUCCGGAGCCUCUAACAAUAGAGAAGAGCAUGAAGCGAGAAGUCCAUCCCCAGAGCCUGGGACAAAGCAAUGAUAGAGAUGGAAUGUCCCCCUCUCAAGGCCCUGUGGACCCCGCAGAUCUGUCCCUCUUAGACAGGCUGAGUGAGUCAGCCACCCCUCUCAGCUACCUGGAGCCUGACCUGGCAGAGACCAACCCCACUGCCUUCGCCCACAAAUUGCAGGAAGAGCUAGUCCUCGCAGCUCUGAGGAUUGAGGCUCUGCAGGUAGCCCAAAACAUCUCUCAGAGCCCUUCUCUAUCCACUGUUACCCCUCAGUCUCGGCUCAAGAAACCCAGCCCAUGCCGCUGGAAUAUCGACAGUUCAUCCACAGCUAAAGAGAGAGAGCUGGCCUCCCCUGGAGACAGUGGUGUGUCCAAAAGCUCCCUAUACUCCCGGACAGGGUUCAGUGAAGCUGAAAGCCCAUAUUUCCCCCAAGACCUGGACCAUUCACUGGGUAUAGCAAGAGAAGAGAUUGUUGCCAAGGAAAAAGAAGUACUAGAAUGGCAGAGGAAGUACGAGGACAGUCAACAGGAGCUGGAAGAGAUGAAGAGAAUAGUUACAGAGUAUGAGAAGACCAUUGCACAAAUGAUUGGCUUGCCUGAGGAUGAUCAGAGGGAGAAGUCUCUGUCCCAUCACACUAUCCAGCAGCUCAUUCUGGAGAAGGACCAGGCGCUGGCUGAUCUCAACUCAGUGGAGAAAUCACUGGCUGAUCUGUUCCGCCGCUAUGAGAAAAUGAAAGAUGUUCUUGAAGGCUUUCGUAAGAACGAGGAGGUGCUUAAGAAAUGUGCACAAGAGUAUCUGUCUCGAGUUCGCAAGGAGGAACAGCGCUAUCAGGCUUUGAAAAUCCAUGCAGAAGAGAAACUGGACAAGGCGAAUGCAGAAAUUGCUCAAGUGCGUGCCAAAUCUAAGCAGGAGCAGGCAGCGUACCAAGCCAGUCUAAGAAAAGAACAGAUGAAGGUGGAUUCACUGGAGCGUACACUGGAUCAGAAGAACAAAGAGAUCGAAGAGUUGACCAAGAUCUGUGAUGAGCUGAUUGCUAAAAUGGGGAAGAGCUAGCUGUCAUAUGAUCCAUAUCCACAUAGGACAAUAUAUGAACUGAAAGGGAGUUGUAAAACACAUUGUGCUGACUAUGUCCUAUUGACUGCUGGACAGAACCACACACUGUCCCCAAAAUCUAAAACACUACUGACAUUCUUCAAGAAACAGAGCUCCUGCUGACUAUAAGGAUACUCUGGUCACUCUAUCACACCACUGUAACUACUAACCAAGCAUUUUGAUGUUUUAAUGUACACCAAUUGUGGAUAUUUUUGAGAUGUAUCCCCCAUCAGUACAGAAGUUUUAUGAGAAUGUGUGUGUAUGAGAGAAAGAAAGAGAGCGAGCGAGAUAGAGGGGAUGAGUUUAAUUGCUAUGAUGCCAUGACAGCCACUGAUGGAGCUGACUGUUAAGUUCAUUUCUGUGGUAAUUGCUUUGAACUUGAAAUCACAAGUGAAGAGUUAGACAUGUCUAUAUAUAUGAUUAUGAAAUGAUUAUAAAAAUGCAUGUGUUAAUUUUUUGUGAAUAUGAGCUGAAUAUAGUAUAGGAACACAAUGCAGGUUUUUAUACUGUUUAAUCUGCUUCCUCAUGUAUCUUUGUAGAUACUCCCUAGUUUUACUCCUUGAUACUCUUUAGCAAAACUGAUGUGCAAUUGUAUUAUUAUUUUUUGGAUUUUAUUUUCAAUAUGUUAAGAAACAUAAUUUCCUCUGUCUCUGGUACUUAAAUAUCUAAAUUAAUUUGAAUAGGAUUGUCUCAGUCCUGCUCUGGUUGAUGUGAAACUGUAGACGUUUCCUUUAAAAGGAGCUCUACUCGGCUACACAGCACCUGCUUACAAAGUGCAAUAAAAGAUGGCAAUAA